AUGGAUCUGUCGCCGUUUACAUCACCGGCGCAUGUCGAUCUUGAGAAGCUGUCGGAAAGAUUGUUCGUCACCGGCGAUUACCCAUCGGUAGCGCAUAUCAACGUGUACAGCAAACCGGAACUCCUCCGUGUCAUCGUUGAAUCAUUGAAGCCACUCAACAAUUAG